AUGAAGUGGUGCCUAGAGUAUAAAAAGUCAUUAAGAAUAGACUGGCAAGAGAUCAACAAGAAGCUUUCCAAAGAUCAAGAGGGGAUCACUGUUACGGAAGAUGCAGUAAAGGACAUCGAAUCGCGUGAAGCUGCGCUUACUGAAAUAGAUAGUAAGUGGAAGUUUUGGAAACAAAGAUCUAAAUCGCGAUGGGACUUACUAGGGGAUCAGACCACUUCGUUCUUCUAUAAAAGCGUGAAGCUUAGAGCAGCUAGGAACGAAAUAAAAUGGAUUGUGAAGGAGAAUGGGGACACUAUCUAUGAACAAAAAGAUUUGAAGGACUACUUCAGAUUGUCUUUCCAAGAACUAUUUAGCAGGCCUAUAGAGGAGGAAAGGAUUAGUCCAACAGACCCCUUGUUGGAAAAUCUACCCAUGCUGACUAGAAACCACACAGAGUGGUUAUCUCUCCCGUUCUCAAAGGAGGAAAUCAAGGCUGCAGCAUUUAGUUCGAAGCCCCUCAAGUCCCCGGGACCAGAUGGUAUCCCCCCAGCGUUUAUCCAACAAAACUGGGAUGUUGUUGAGGAAAGUGUGAUCAACAGUGUAAGGGGAUUCCUGUCGAGUGGUUUUCUUCUGAAAGAGCAAAACAGGACCUUUAUAACUCUUAUCCCCAAAGUGGAGAGACCACAACGGGUGAAAGAGUUUAGACCCAUUGGCCUUUGUAACUCCUCCUAUAAGAUUAUUUCCAAGCUGUUGGUUAACAGGAUUAAGCCUAUCCUUAAGGACCUGGUGGGAGACUUCCAGAACGCUUUUGUUCCUGGAACGCAAAUGGCGGACAAUUGCCUAAUCACCCAUGAAGUGGUUAAUUGGGUAAGGAAAAGAAAGAAGGGAACGCUGUACGCAGGGAUUCUGAAGGUGGACUUAAGCAAAGCCUAUGACAGAAUAAGGUGGGAUUUUGUGGAAGCAGUGUUGAGGAAGAUGAACUUUCCGGAAAUCUGGAUUAGUUGGAUAGUACAGUGUAUCACCACGGUGUCAUACUCAGUCCUAGUGAAUGGGGAACCCUCUAAGCAUUUCAAACCUUCAGCAGGGCUUAGGCAGGGGGAUCCACUCUCGCCAUACCUUUUCAUUCUAUGCAUGGAAACGCUGUCAACUAAACUAUGCGCAAGUCAGAUAUCAAAAGAAAUGCAAGGAAUAAAGAUAGCUAGGGCUGCUCCCUCCCUUUCGCACCUUUUCUUUGCGGACGACGCAUUGUUUUUCUUCAAAGUUAUCCCCAAGAAUUGCUGGUUCCUUAAGAGCUUGUUACUGAAUUUUUGCGAAAAAUCGGGGGAACUCAUCAACUAUGACAAAUCCCAAGUCAUGUUUAGUCCGAAUACCCCUAGAAGAUUUAUCAAAUUAAUGAGGAAACCCUUGGGGGUAAAAAAUUCUAACUCCUUUGGGACUUAUCUGGGGUGCCCUAUGGAGCUUGAUGGAAGACACUCGUCUCCCCUCAAUGAAAUCCACGAGAAGAUUUACCGGAAAAUAAACUCAUGGAAGUUCAUGCAUACCUCACCAGCUGGUAAGCUCAUCCUUAUAAACACAAUUCUAGCCUCAUUAGCCUCUCAUAUCAUUUCAGUUUACUUGCUCCCAGUCAAGGUGGAAAGGAAAAUCACGUCUACUUUGCUAAGGUAUUGGUGGAGCUCUUCUUUUGAAAAGAAACCAAUUUACUGGAGGAAAAGGUGUGUGGUGGAGAAACAUAAAAACGAAGGAGGGCUGAGCUUGAGAAAAAUUAGAGACAUAAAUCUUUCUCUGCUCACCAAGCAGGCCUGGCGCAUACACCAAAACAGCUCCUCCCUCAUUCAUAGGCUAUACAAUGCAAAAUAUCAUAAUGACCCCCUUUCUAAGGCUAUGGAGGAAAAAAAAACGGCAAGCAGCUCGUAUGCGUUUAGGAGCAUGUGGAAGGCCUCGAUGGCUUUGAGGGAAGGAUUUUAUAAACAGCUUGGGAAUGGGGAAAGCAUUGACAUAGAGAAAGAUGAUUGGGCGGGAGUUAAAAUAAAGAAAAAAUUUGUGGCGGGGAGCGAGGGAACUGGAGUUACGAAGGUAGCUCAUUUGAUAAAGGAGGAUAGAAGUUGGAAUGCCUCGUUAGUGUGGAGACUGUUUGGGAGACACGAAGCAGAAACCAUUUUAGCUAUCAAGAUCCCGGAGGAAGACCAAGAGGAUGGUCUGGGGUGGGGGAAAACGAAAAAUGGGAACUAUACUGUUAAGUCGGGUUAUUGGCAUAUUCACCAGGAGAGCAAGAACGAGAUAAGAGAAUGCCAUGUCUCAAAGUUUAUAUGGAGUCUUAACAUCUUGCCCAAAUGGAAGAUGUUCAUGUGGAGGAUUAUCAAUAAUGCUUUGCCCACAGCGCAGGGAUUAUUAAAAAGAAAAGUUCGAAUUGAUGGUCAUUGUAAGAUGUGCAAUGAGCAUCAAGAAAGUAUGGAGCAUCUCUUUAGAGAUUGUCAAUUCUCCAAUAGGAUUUGGAUGGCCACAAUGGGUAUCAAAAUUGAUUCAACCACGUCGAAGAUCCCUUUUAAGGACUGGCUAAAAAACUUCAUGAACUAUUUUAGAAUGGGUAGACCAGACAUUUCAAGGGAACAGAGUGAAAUGAGUGCAAAGAGCUUUAUAGCAACUCUGUGGAGCAUUUGGCUGCAUCGAAAUGAAGUGAUAUUCAGAAAUACCAAACCAAAUCCAAAGGGAGUGAUGAUAAUAUAUCAGGAAAGUGUGAAAAGGAUUGACAGAAUUGAUAAAGAGAGAUUCAGAUCAAUUGAAGAUAGAGAGAAAAACAAGGUAAGUAAGAUUGAGGUCCAAGAGUGGGUGUCAGGAACAAGGCAUCAGGGGAGAGUGAACAUAAUCAGUGUAGAUGGAGCUUGGAAAAAGGAGAAAAAAGAAAAAGGAGUAAAGGCAGCUACAACUUGGAUUAAUGAAGCGGACACUAAGAGCUUCAGCGCGAAGAAAAUAUUUGCCAAGUCUCCGGUUCAAGCUGAAGCCUACGCAGUGAUGCAUGCCCUGGAAGAUAACGCCCUAAUUGAUAACCUGGUUAUUCAGACAGAUAGUAAGGAAAUUGUGGCGGCUCUGCAUAACCUGGAACGCGCGGAUAAGGACAUUCGUGAAAUUAUCCGGAAAGGCAAAAGGGGUUUGAGAAAGGGGGAACCCACCUUUUUGGCUGCCAUGGUUGAGAUGAAGAAGGAUGCAUUAGCUAAAGUUCCCGAUGUGAACGCUGCAUUGCUGGAAGAAUAUGAAGGGAUCGUGCUUGAUGAUCUCCCAAAAAAAUUACUCAUUGCAGGGUUGUUGACCAUGCAAUUGAAAUGGAACCAGGCGUUAGGCCACGUGCAUAUACACCCUAUCGAAUAG